UUAAUAGAGCCCAGCAGGGCUUUAUCAGCCAGUGCCUUCUGCCCAGGAAGCCAGCUGCAGUGAGCCAGAGGAAGAGCUAUCCAUGGAGGACAGCCCCACUGUGGUUAAACUGGACCAGGGUGGAAAUCAGGGUCCACCAGUUCGCAAGAGAAGAUGCCUCCCCAAGGCACUUGGCUACAUAACUGGUGAUAUGAAAGAAUUUGCCAACUGGCUUAAAGACAAACCCCAGGCGCUCCAGUUCGUCGACUGGGUCCUUCGGGGCAUAUCCCAAGUGGUGUUUGUCAGCAACCCCAUCAGCGGAAUCCUGAUUCUGGUGGGACUCCUGGUCCAGAACCCCUGGUGGGCGCUCAGUGGCUGUGUGGGAACUGUGGUCUCCACCCUGACAGCCCUGUUGCUCGGUCAGGACAGGUCCGCCAUUGCAGCAGGGCUCCAGGGCUACAAUGCCACCCUGGUGGGAAUCCUCAUGGCUGUCUUUUCAGACAAGGGAAACUAUUUCUGGUGGCUGUUAUUCCCUGUAUCUGCUAUGUCCAUGACUUGUCCAAUUUUCUCAAGUGCGUUGAACUCCGUGUUCUGCAAAUGGGACCUCCCUGUCUUCACUCUGCCCUUCAACAUGGCGUUGUCAAUGUAUCUUUCUGCCACGGGACAUUACAAUCCAUUUUUCCCAAGCAAAUUGUUCACACCUGUAACCUCAGUUCCCAACGUCACCUGGUCUGACCUCAGUGCCCUGCAGUUACUGAAGUCCCUGCCCGUGGGUGUUGGCCAGAUAUAUGGCUGUGAUAAUCCGUGGACAGGGGGCAUCUUCCUAGGCGCCAUCCUCCUCUCCUCCCCACUCAUGUGCCUACAUGCUGCGGUCGGGUCGUUACUGGGGAUGGCAGCAGGCCUCAGUCUUUCAGCUCCAUUUGAGAACAUCUACGUUGGACUCUGGGGUUUCAACAGCUCUCUAACCUGCAUUGCAAUUGGAGGAAUGUUCAUGGCACUCACCUGGCAAACCCACCUCCUGGCUCUUGCCUGCGCCCUGUUCACUGCCUAUGUUGGAGCCAGCAUGUCCAACCUGAUGGCUGUGGUUGGAUUGCCAUCUUGUACCUGGCCCUUCUGUUUGGCAACACUACUGUUCCUCCUGCUGACCACGAAAAACCCCAACAUCUAUAAGAUGCCCCUCAGUAAAGUCACUUAUCCUGAAGAAAACCGCAUCUUCUACCUACAAGCCAAGAAAAGGAUGGUUGAAAGCCCUUUGUGAAUGCAACCCCCAUCCACAGCCAUGGUCACAAGUCAUUUCUGACUAACUGCCCCAGUUGACUUCGAGGGUCUCAAAACUGUUAUUUUUACUAGUAACAAAUUUUAUACUAAGCCAUCGGUGAUCUGUUCUUUUGCUCAUUUUGUAUUUUUCUUUCAGACUCCAAAACAUGCCCAAACAAGUGACAGGACACAUCAAGGUGAUGUGCUCUGGCUAUGGAAUUUUAAACCCCAGUGGGGCAUUGGCACUGAGACUGUACUGUAUUUAUAAAGUCAGAAUGGUCCACCAGAAAGAGGAAGUAAGACCAAGGCUAAUUAUUGAUAUUUAUUGAUAUUCUUGGUGUUUGGUUGUACAUGAUGUUAACAGUAUUAAAAAAUUAAUCUCUAUAAACCAACUAAGCCUUAAGUGAAUGGAAUUCAGAGUCACAAAAUCAAAGUCAACCCAGAAUUCUCAGAUAAGCCAUUUGGCUUAUUUAAAAUCAAUGCAAGUUACACAUUACAGCUGUGGUCAACAUCUCAGGGCCCAUCACUGAGCUCUUUCCCCAGCUCCUCAGCAGAACCGCCUCCAUGCUGUCCCAUGCGUGUGACAUUCUCUUACAGGAGAUGGUCGGUUUGUUUCAGGCUGGCAGAGCUGCAGGAGGGAGAAUGGGAUCCCAUCCUUCAAAAUUAUUCUGUAUUGUCACUUUUCUUGGAUAUUGCAAAGGAUUUUUUAGGUAGUUUAUUAUCUUUUUUUUAGGAGAAUAGAUUUGUUUUCAAUGAGGUAAAAUAAGAGAAGUUCCUGGCUUUACCAGUUCCUAGGUAUUAAAAAAAAAAUGUUACAUUUUUCUAAAAUACUCAGCAUAGCUAUUUUUACUUUAAUCUACCUAAACUGAUUUUGUAAAUGCCACAAAAGCAGAGAAUCGAAUACCAAAUCAUCAACAUCCAAGGGCCCUUUAAAAUCACAUUUUCAAUUCAUUUAAGGAUGUCAUAUAUUAUAAAGACUGAAAGUUAAUGCCAGAUUGCUUCUGGGUGUUUAGAAGUUGUUUAAUUCUUCCUUUUAAAAACAAUCACUAUUUUCUGCACACUUACAAUAUUCUCACUCAGAAACCAAUGGUAUUUGAACCAUCAAAAAGAAAUACAGGUAGGUGGCUUCCCUGGUGGCACAGUGGUUAAGAAUCCACCUGCCAAUGCAGGGGACAGGGG